AUGAAUAUUAAAAAAUCUAAACAACAAUUAUUUUUUGUUGUUUUUUUAAUAUUCAUUAUAAUUUUGACACUUUUAGGAUUUGUAAAAGGUAAUAAUGAUGAUGAUGAUUACUAUAUUGGAGCAGUAUUAGAGUAUACACCACCAGAAUAUAAUUUUAAAGAUCCAAAUGAAACACCAAUUAAAUAUGUUUUAGCAAAUGUUAAACGAUAUAAUUCAUAUGUACAAAUAGCAAAAAGUCAAGGAGCACAAAUUAUAGUAUUCCCAGAGUAUGGUUUAUUAGGUAAUGCAUUUGCAACAAGAGAUCAAGUAUUACCAUAUCUUGAAGUUAUACCAGAUCCACAUCAAUCUUCACAACCAAUUAUACCAUGUAAUAAUGAGGAUUUCGAUAAUAGAACUAUUUUACAAAGUUUAAGUUGUAUUGCAAUUCAAAAUUCAAUUGUAUUGGUAGCGGAUAUGGGUGAUGUACAAUAUUGUGAUAAUAGUACAUCAAUUAAUAAUAAUGAUAAUAAUAAUAAUUGUCCAGCUGAUGGUAGAUUUCAAUAUAAUACACAAGUUGCAUUCUCAGAGAAAGGUGAAUUAUUAGCUAAAUAUCAUAAAUCUCAUUUAUAUAGUGAACCAUAUUUUAAUCCAUCAUCACCACCUGAUCCAGUUAUAUUUUCAACAAAUUUCAAUGUUACAUUUGGUAUGUUUAUUUGUUUCGAUAUUUUAUUUGAAGAACCACAAAAAACUUUAAUUCAAAAGUAUGGAAUUCAUAAUUUAGUUUACUCUACUCAAUGGGUAAAUGUAAAUUAUGCAUAUGCACGUGGUAUUCAAGAAUCUUGGUCAAAACUUUACAAUGCAAAUGUUUUAGCUGCAAAUAUUGGUGCAACUAGUGCAAUCAGUGGUUCUGGUAUUUAUUCUAAUGGUAAUUUCAUUAAUACUUUUCAAAAUCCAACUACAAAACCUGCAAAUAAAUUAUUAGUUGGUAAAUUACCAAAAGAUCCAACAACAACAACAACAACAACAACAACAACAACAAAGUCGUCUUCAUCAAAUAAUAAAAUUAAUUCAGGUAUUGAAGCAAUAGAUUUUGUUAAUUAUAAACCAUUUAAACAAUAUGAUGGUGAUGGUGUUAAUUUAAAUGAUGUCAAGACACCAACUAGUAUUAAUGCAACUAUUAUACCAUUUUUAAUUAGUGAAAAUCAAGUUAAUAAAACUAUAAUUAGUGAAAAUAAUGGUUUUUCAUGUACUUUUACCUAUAGUACAAGUGAUAGAAUCGAUAAGAAUCGUCUUUUAUAUUCAUUGGUUAGUUUUAAUGGUAAUUUUAAUGAUUUCUUUAAUUCUCAACUUUGUAGUGCUUCAAUUUGUGCUUCAAAUGAUCCAAAUAGUUGUUUUGAUAAUGUUUUCGAUUCUUCUUCAACUUUUACCUCAUUACAUAUUCAAGGUAAUUUUCAAUCAGAUUAUCAUAUAGUUCCAACAUUUACAACAUAUCCUUUAAUUGAUAACUAUUUAUCAAAUUAUCAAUUUGGUGAUCAAUUCAUUUCAGUCUCAAAUAUUGAACAAUAUUUUGUUGGUACAAGUUUAUUUGCAAUUCAAUGGAACGAUACUUCAAGUAGUGAUAAUCUUAGUUAUGAAUAUAUUUAA